AUGGAAGGUAGAAAGUUCUCUGCUGCAGAGAAAGGUAAAGGCCCAGUCUUGGACCGCAACAAAGCACCUCGAACGGCUAGAGUCAGAGUGCAAGGACCGGCCAACGAUGACCUACUACACAAGCACUCUCUCACUAUCAUUGGCAGAGUAACCAAACCAUCCGUACAAAAGAUGUGGUCAUUAAUAGCCUUCUUUACAGAGCUUUGGAAGUCAGACGUCAGACCCAUUGGCUCAGACCUUGGACAAGGAAUGUUCCAAUUCCAGUUCCAAAAUGAAGCAGACCUACUGGCUGUUCUUGAAAAAAGACCAUACCACUUUGCUAAAUGGAUGGUGAUGGUGGAGCGAUGGGAACCGACAACAGAUCCUACAUUUCCAUCACUCAUACCAUUUUGGAUUAAAGUCCAAGGAAUCCCAAUACACCUAUGGACGGAGGAAACAGUUAAAAGCAUUGGAGAAGACAUAGGGAUUUAUGAAGAAGCUGAAAUCACUAACUUCUCAGUCCGGAUGAGAGUGCAGAUAAAUGGAAGAUUACCUCUCAUUAAGAAGACUACGAUAGAAUACCCUAACGGUGAUGAGGUCUUGGUACACCUGGUGUAUGAGAAACUUGAAAAACACUGCACUCAAUGCCACAAACUUGAUCAUGAAAGGGGAGACUGCUUACAAGCAAAGGCUCUGAAGCGAGAAAUGGAAGCAAGGAGUCAAGUGAAGGAUGAUGCUGACUCUUGUGCCCAGCCCGGGGUAAGAUAUGAGGUAGAACCAAAGCACAACACUCCCUUCCAGUUCCCAGCAUCAAGACCAAUGGAACUUGAAUCCAACCCGAGAUACCGAGCCUCAGUUGAUUCCCGCAGAGAUCAGGGGCAACGAUAUUUCGAGACCAGAAAACCUUCGCACACGACCAGAGAUAGAGCUUACAGAGACAGAAGCUGGGAGCACACAUCUAGCAGAACAGAAAGAUACCCAACCUACUCUCGAAGCAUAAGAGAAUAUCAUCCUUACAGAGAAAGAUCAUCUCGCCAGAUGAUGUACAAAGAAGUAGGUAGACGCCCUAACCCCGUCUCAGAUCUGCGACAACAAUUACUUGCCAAAGAUGAUCAACUUCCAGUAGAAGCACAUACUAACGCCUCUAGCAAUAAAAAGGAAACACCUAGGGCGCUUAUCUCGACUCAAGAAUUAUCUGCAAGGGGGAUUCCCCUUCAGAUGCGUCAAAACACACAGAUUGUGUUACGUGACAAUCAAGACUUCCCUCUGGAAGCACUUGAAGAAGCAAUGGGUGAAGUCAGAGAAGUUAUGAAUCAAUAUGUUGCAUGCCCCGAUCCAACAGAAAGCGCUGCAAGAAGAGAGAGAGUGCGUUUGGCAGAAGAACAAGGAGAAGUUGAAGAAACCGCUGAGAUGAUGCUCAGUGCCUCACUAGCAACACAAAGCAGAGCCCACAGCGAGAGAAUCUACCAGAAACAGAGGAAAGAAUCCCAGCAAAGCUCAGAAUUGGAACAAUCUCCUUCACAUCGCCAGAGUCUGGAGAAAGAGUCCCAGUAA